GCUCUGACCUAGUUAUGCUGGAUCUGUGAGGGAGAGCCAUAGAAUAAAAUGGGGAUGUGCCAGCUAUAGGUUAACCAAUCAGAAGCGAGACGGAUGUACAUUUAAAAAAAAAGUUUGUCAGAGCGAAACAGUCCGAGGAAGUACGCAGUAGCCUACAAGGAGAGAAGUGAAAGUUUUGGCUCUUGGAUGUAUCAUUAGUGCGCAGGUUACGCUUAAAUGGCUAUGGCUUAACACUAUCCUUGCUAUUUAUAACUCUGGAGACUUUUGUCCUUCCUUGACGGUUGAACAUUGUUCGGUUUUAAGUCGACAGCAAGUGACGCUUGAAAUGCAUUUUCUUGGUAUUUUUGGGCUAAUUUUAUGGGACCUAUCACUGGGGUGUCCUGUUCCAAUAGAUACCAUCAUAGUGCAGGUCCAGCAGUGGGGAGUGGUGGGUGCUCAGCAGGUCGUGGAGCAGGUCCUUCUCAAUGGAGUCUCUCUAACUGGCAAAAACCAGGAAGUUGACAGUAUUAUCCAAACCAUGUCAGCUGAUGCAAUGCUUCCAACUCUUAUCGAUGUCAACCAGACGUCCGUCCUAAGAAACCACACUGUCCUUCGUUCUCGUGAAUGCAUACUGGAGGGGUCUCAACUGCACUGGACCGACCGUGUGUUCUAUGAUGGGAAGGUCUAUCUGACUCUGGACCACUCUGACACGUGGACAGCCCACGUACCGGAAGCAUUGGCCUUAAAAGUGCUGUGGGACCAGGAAAAGCAGCGCAUAAAGACGGCGAGGACCCCCCUUCAGGAGGGAUGCAUCAAGCUGAUGAGAGAACUGAUGCUUUCUGUGGAGCAGUCAGUUCCAGGAAUUCCUUCGCCUCAAUUUCUGAUCCCAAUCUUGGUGCUCCUGGCGUUUACAGGACUUAUCGUAAUCAGCCUCCUCCUCUUCAAAAACCAGGGUUUGAGACACCCUGGAGGUGUUGUUGGCUCGAUUAUACAUUACCCUAAAGACAUGACUGAAACAGCUCCAGACAUUGAAGCCAGUGGUUACCGUACCUUGUAAUUCAAAGCUCCAGCUGAUGAGCAGGGUCACGUUUGAGCUUUCUACUUCAAUUUUACUGUUGAAUGUCCACUUACUGAUUUAACACUUGGACAGUGUUGCUCCAUGAAUGAAACCAAAACCUUUGCUAAAAUACCAACAGCCCACUGUCUGAAACUCAUAUGGUAUGGAUUCCAGACCACAUUAUUUUGUGCACUUUAAUAUAUGUAUCACACUUUACACUGGUUCUUCUUUUGUUGCAUAGAAUUUUCUUAUUUUUGCAUAUAUAAAUACGCACACAUACACAAAGAAAUGUAAACAUGAUUGCUGUCUUUUAAUAUUUUCUGGGUUAAGCUAUUCAGGGAACACUAAUAUAAAAAUAAAUACAAUGACAAUGUUCUAUUUCAAGCAUGUACAGUAUCUAAUGCAAGUCAAGACAGAGAAUGUCACAAAUUGUCUUAAAGUCUGUAGAUAAGGCCCUGCUUAAAGGGUUUUGUUUUGCCAGUGAUAGACCAAUCACACUGAACUCUGCCAAACACUGGAUGGACUACUGUAAGUGUGUCCAGUUAUCCAAAGGGUCGGAUUGUGUGGUUUGGUUUGAGAUACCAUCCUUAUGGUUUUACUAUUUCUUUGUGAUACUGUUACAUUGUUGGGACGGUCUACGUUUUCCCUGUUCAUGUAAACUUUAAGAAAUUGAAUUAAAGAUUAUUUUAUGGAA